CCCGCAAAGCAGCAGACUGAACAACGACCCCGGCGGAGUGAUUUGACAGGGACUACACCCAGGCGUCUCUCUGAUUGCAGAGGCUUCUUCUACCAGUUGUGGGGAACAGAAGAAAGCUGUGACGUGACCCAGUCGGAGGUUCACUUGCUGGAAGAAUCACGAGUAACAUGUCUGGCAACACCUGGCAAAGCUACGUAGACAAUCUGAUGGCUGAUGGCACCUGCGAGGACGCGGCGAUUGUUGGAUACUGCGAAAAUAAAUACGUCUGGGCGUCAGGUCCUGUGGGCCAUCUUAGAGAACUAACGGCUGAGCAAAUUGAUGCAUUGGCAUCAAAGGAGCGAGGCAAACUCUGCACUGAAGGUGUGUGUUUGGGAAAAACAAAAUGCUCUUUGAUCAGAGACGAGUUGGACAUAGACCAGCAGCAUACAAUGGAUUUGCGGACAAAGGAUCCUGCCGGAGGACCCACAUGCAACAUUUCUAUAGCAAAAGCUGGCCAAGUUAUGGUUAUUGUCGAGGGGAAGAACGGUAUUCCUGGAGGGACACUUAACAAAAAAGCGUUCGAGACUGCGAGGUACCUGCAACAAAGUGGCUUCUAAAGCAGCAUGAAUUGAUGGCUCAAGAUCACAGCUUCUCAUCGUAAUUCACUCUUCCAGCUGGUAUUUUCUUUUCUCUUAUUAUCCAUUUUGUGUUGACAUGGCUGACCCCACCCCCUUUUUCUUUUUUGUCAUUUCCACAUUGUCUUAACUCCCUCAGCACCACACGUUUGAGAUGAUAAUGUUGCUAACAGCAUCACACCUAAACAGUGUCGACGCCAAGCAUUUCUCCCCUCGCAUCAGUUUAAUCUCUGCUGUCAUUCUUCCUAACCACUCAUUUCUUCCCAAACAACCUUUAGAGUAACUGAACAGCAACAAAGGUCAUGUUGCCACGCCCCCUAACUUCUUGCCUACCCCUUUGGGUUCUGUUGUGUCCUAACAGGAAGUGCUGUAAAUCCUCUCCCCCCCCAAAAAAAACUGGUCUUAAGUGCUCCCAGUUAUCCUGUCAGUGAGGACAGAUGCCUCUGAGGGGGGUGUUGGGCUUUGGUGUCACCUAUCAUGGAAUAGCUAGACAUUACAAGAGCAGCUCUGACUCUUAGUACUUAGGUAAACCCUGUACUGCAGCCACCUUUUUUUUUUUUUUUUUUUAAUGGCUGCUGGUUUUUGACAGAACAUAUCUCAGCAUAUAACUUUUUUAAUAGGACCAACUGUAGUUGCAAACCAGGUGUUGUAAUUCGUAUGAAUUGUUAAAAGGUGACUUUUUUUUCCUCCCCUCAUACAGACUAAACAGAUUGUAACAGUUGCUUCUGUGUAAGGGGUGUGAUGUGGCACAAAUUUAAAAACAUGUUUGACAAUGUAACUGCAUUUGUAUAAACCAGUGCUGUGUGGAGGAGUAAAACUAUUUGCCUUGUGGUCAACUGAGCUGUGUCUGUUCAGUUCUGGUAACAUGCAAAUAAAAAUUUGUCAGAGUAGAAAUGACACUGAAUUUGAAAGUGGUUAGAAUAAGGAUUUUUGUUUUGAAACAAACUGCAGAAUCUUUGUAUGCUGUGCCAUAAUGUAGAGAGAUCUGUUGCAAGAUGGAUUGUACCUGCUGUCCACCAAGGGGUCAUCUUGUUGGCACUUUUCUUUAAGCCUCAGGUCCAUUGGUCCUUAUGAGACUCAUCCUCUUAAAACCUGUCUAAAGCCCGCUCUGCUGAUUUUUGUUUUCUGCAUCACUUGUUUUGCUGCAUCUGAGAUAGUCAAGAUACAUCAAAUUUCAUAUGCAUAGAACUAAAAUGCCAUAAAUUGAUUUAUCACCUUGUUUACAGACAGAUCAAAUAAAAUGUAUUCCAAAAAA